ACAAAAAUAACAAUUUUUAUUCAUCAUUUAAUUGUUGAAUAUCGGUAGGCUGUAGUACAAUGAAUUUAAUAAAGUAUGAGCAUUGUUAUAGAGCAUUUAGUUUACAAUUUAUCAAAUAUAAAACAUUACAUUUUUACACAUUGACAUGGGUAAAUUUACUUGUGUGUCUGUCUCCAUAGCUUUAGUUUCAAUUGUUAUUGCAUAUUAUAUCAUUUUAAGUUAUAGUAAUGGUCCAGUUUCAAUGGCAAACAAUGGAAUUCUAUUUGUGUCUAAUGCUGCCAAAGCUCACAAACUAUGUACAAAAGUGUCAAAUAUAGUUAAGAAUGUUCUGUAUAUAAAGAUUUAUGGAGGCCUGGACAGCACACUAUCAAUUUUAAAUAAACAGAUUGUUAAUAUUUAUUCCAAAUGUUGGGCGUAUGAUGUAAGGUUAAUGCUUAAACCGUGGGAUACGCUAACAAAAAUCAAAACAAAUAAUCCUGUUCAAGUUAUUAUAUUUGAUAAAGACUUAGGAAAAGAAGCCGAUAAAUUAAAAUUAUCCAUUGACAAUGUUAAAGAUGAUGUGCUGUUAAAACAAAUAGAUGAAGAAUCAAGUGAACAUGAUGUUUUACCAGACGAGAAGGUGAAGACAUAUGAAUAUGUUGCUCUCGGUGGUACCUUUGACAAGUUACAUAAUGGUCAUAAGAUUCUUUUAUCCCAAGCUGCACUUAGAGCUACUAAGCAUGUCACUGUGGGGGUGACUGAUGUAAACAUGAUACAAUCAAAAAUCUUAUGGGAGUUGAUUGAACCGGUGGAACAAAGAAUAAAAGCAGUUCUUAAUUUUUUGACUGAUAUUAAUCCAGAACUUGAAUACAAUGUGGUGGCAAUACAAGAUCUUUACGGACCUACUAAACAUGAUCCAAGACUACAGCUUAUUGUUGUCAGUGAAGAAACAAUUAGAGGUGCUGUUAAAAUUAAUGAGAAAAGAAAAGAAAAUGGUCUUGAACAGUUGGAUGUGUAUACAAUAGGAUUAGCAGAGGAGGCACAGAAACAGUCCUCAGAAGAGGAAACAAAAGUUAGUUCUAGUAAUAAACGGAUGAGGUUACUAGGAACAGUUUUGAGGGAACCUGAGCCGAACCCAAACAUUCCUGACUGGCCUUAUGUAAUCGGAUUGGCUGGAGGCAUUGCCAGUGGAAAGAGUAGCAUUACAGAGAAAUUAAAAUUGAAGGGAGCGGCUGUUGUAAACUGUGAUGUUAUUGCUCAUGAGCUGUACAAACCAGGACUACCAUUAAACAGUACAAUAGCAGAGGCUUUCGGUCCCAAUGUCAUAACUGAUGAUGGAGAAGUAGACAGAAAGAAACUUGGCAGUAUUGUUUUUAGUGAUAAGGAGCAAUUAGAGAAACUAAACCAACUAGUCUGGCCAGCUGUCAUUGAAGAAGCACAGAGACGGAUCAAGGCUCUUGGGGAACAGGGGUACAAGGUCGUAGUGAUGGAAGCGGCAGUGAUGGUGAGGGCUAAGUGGUACAGGCACUGUCACCAGCUCUGGGCUGUAAUUAUACCCCCGAGCGAGGCAAUCAUCAGGUUACAACAACGUAACAAUCUGACGGAGGAGGAAGCAAAGCAGCGCAUCAACGCACAGCCAUCGAACAAAGAACAAGUGGAUUUGGCCAAUGUUGUAUUUAGUCCAUUUUGGAGCUAUGAAUACACGCAGACGCAAGUAGACAGUGCUUGGAAAAAUUUACAGUUAUACCUUGAAAAAAGAAAAUAAUUUAACUAGUAAUUUUAUUGAAUAGCAAAUUACUAGUACUUGUGCCUAUAUCGUAAAAUAUAAUGUGUACAGUGUUUUUAUUAAAUGUAAGCUAUAGGUGUUUGUAAAAAA